CUGCUGGGAACACCUUCUAUGGAGGCCAUGAUGACGGCAUGUGAAGGAGCUCGUGCCCACAUUCUCAGAGGACCACAUAAACAGUCAUCCCUUCCUGUUCUGUACACACUGUCCAGCCAAGCAACUCAUGAAGCAGUCCACCUUUUGUGCAGAAUGCUUGUGUUUGAUCCGUCUAAGAGGAUUUCAGCCAAAGAUGCCCUGGCUCACCCGUACUUGGAUGAGGGUCGACUGCGCUACCACACAUGCAUGUGUAAAUGCUGCUACACCACGUCUUCUGGUCGAGUUUACACCAGCGACUUUGAGCCUGUCACUAAUCCCAAGUUUGAUGACGGCUUUGAGAAGAACCUGAGCUCCGUCAGACAGGUCAAAG